UCCGCCUCUUCUGAUGCACUUAGAAGCAGCAGCUAAAAUGGUUAGCAAACAGGUAUCUGCGGCUCUCCUUGAGUUAUUAGAAAUCAUGCUAUAUAUUCAUGUGCACUUAUGAUAGCUUUCCAGAAAUAAAUCAACAUGUUUAAAAAGGCAAAGAGGUGUAACUUGAGGAGGAGGAAUGAAUCCGAUGACGAGGAGAAAGAAGACGUUCAGCUGCAGCAGCAACAGCAGCAACUGCAGCAACCACUGCCGCAGCCUAUGGAAGUGCAGCCAUGCGGGCCUGUAGUAGAAGAUGACAUCGACCGGGAGACAAAAUGUAACACUUCACAAACAUUUAGCGUCACAAGUGCCAUUUUGGACAUUCAAAAUGGAAACGGAUUUCAAACAGCCACUUCUAAGGCGUCUAAAGAGAAAAAGCGGGCCAAGGACAACCGUGAGGCUCCGAAAGCAAGUUUGUUGAGCUUUCACGAUGAUGAAGGUGAUACAGAGGAGUUUCGAGUGAAGAAAUCCAACUACAGUAAGAAGAUUGUGAAGCAGCUGAAGAAGGAAUACAAGGAAGACCUGCAGAAGAGCAGUACUGUUGCACCUGAGCCUGUUACAAACACUGAUGCUGCCUCCAUUCAGAUUCCCCUUCUCACGCCUAAAGAGGAGCCAGGUGUGGAUAGUAGUCGUGCCAGCAGCGAGCAGGGAGAGGAGGAGAUGGAGGUGGACAGCAACGACGAGCAGGAGGACGAGGCUGACCAGAAGGCCGGCGGCGGAGCCUUAUUCCAGACCCUGUCUACACUCAGCACACUGAGACCAGGUGAGAUCCCGGAUGCCGCCUUCAUCCACGCAGCGCGGAAACGGCGUCAGCUGGCGCGGGAGCUGGGCGGAGACGCGCCUCUGGUGGAGACGGAGGCGGCGAAGAAGCGCCUGGUGCGCGAGGACGAGCAGGGCGGCAGCGACGAAGACGAGGACGAGAAGAGGAUCGUCUUCAGCGGCGUCAAGCAGAAGACCCAGCGGCAGAAGAUUGCGGAGGAGAUCGGUAUUGAAGGCAGUGAUGACGAAGCCUUGGACACAACUGGCAAUGAUGAGGAAGUGAACCGCUGGGAGCAGGAGCAGAUCAGGAAGGGCAUCAGCAUCCCACAGGUCCUAGCCAGCCAACCUGAAGAUACAAACGUGUACUACCAAAGCACCUUUGAGACCCAGCCAUAUGGGUCUUCCUACAACAUGCCUUACACAUACACACCUCAAGGCAUAGACAAGGCGCCAAAAGCCAAGGACUCUGUAAACUACCCUCUCCCCAGUAGCGAACUAAGCCCAAUCACCACAGAUCUGGUAAAGAAACGCCUUAAAGACAGGCUCAGCGCGUUGCGCCAGGGGCACAAUGCCAACACCCGGCGCUUUGAGCAGAUCCAACAGGAGCUGAGCGCUUCCAGCAGCGCCAUCGACAGGCUCGAGGGCAGCUCCGAAGACAUAGCUGACCAGUAUAAAUUCUUGCAAGAAAUGCGAGGGUAUGUUCGAGACUUGCUUGAGUGUUUCAGCGAAAAGGUGCCGGCCAUUCUGGAGCUGGAGGCGGCCAUGCACCAGUUACUAAGGCAGCGGGCGUCGCGGCUCGUCCAGAGAAGACAGGAUGAUAUUAAAGAUGAAUCAUCGGAGUUUUCAAGCCUUUCAAAUAAGGCUGUGAUGGCACCCAAUCUCGACUCAUUUGGCCGAGACCGCACGGCCUAUCAAGAGCAUGCCAAACAGAGGCGCAUUGCGGAGCGAGAAGCUAGACGGACGCGGCGUCGACAAGCCAGAGAGCAGAACGGGAAGAGAGCUGAGCACAGGGAAGGUCUGUCCAGUGACGACGAGGAGACCUCCACUGACAUCACCAGCUUCAGCCUGGAGAAAGAUCACAUCCGGACAGAGUCGAAGAAGAUCUUUGAGGACGUUGUGGACGAUUUCCACUCUCUGGACAGCAUCAAGUCCCACUUCGAGGUGUGGAGGAAGCUCUACUUCACCUGCUACCGGGACGCGUACAUCGGCCUGUGCUUGCCCAAGCUCUUCAACCCUCUCGUUCGGCUGCAGCUCAUCCACUGGUCUCCUCUUGAGGCGGAGUGCCCUAACUUUGAGUACAUGCUGUGGUUUGAGUCACUGUUGUUUUACGGCUGUGAGGACCCCACGGCCUCACAGACGGGAGACUUUGACUCCAGUCUCCUGCCCUCCAUAGUGGAGAGAGUCAUCCUACCCAAGCUGGCCGUUCUUGCGGAUCAGGUGUGGGAUCCCCUCUCGACCAGCCAGACGUCAAGGAUGGUGGCCUUCAUGCACAAACUCAUCAAGGGCUACCCCACAAUCCUGAAUGGAGACAACAGAAACACACAGGAAUUAUUGAAGACCAUCGUGAUGCGGACGAGGCGCACUCUGGACGAUGACAUCUUCAUGCCCCUCUUCCCUAAGAAUGUUCUGGAGAAUAAGAACUCUGGACCGUACUUGUUUUUCCAGAGACAGUUUUGGACGAGCCUGAAGUUACUCAGCAACAUCCUGCAGUGGCACGGCAUCCUGUCCAACUCCAUGCUGAAGGAGCUGGCUGUGGACAGCACCCUCAACCGCUACAUCCUGUCCGCCCUGCAGAACACAGAGUCUGGGGAGGAUAGCAUCGAGAAGAGCCAGAGAGUGGUGGACUGCUUUCCCCAGCAGUGGUUCAGCAUGCUGAAGAGCCAGCAGCAGCAGCAGACCCUACCCCAGCUGGAGAACUUCUGCCGCUAUCUCAAGCACCUGGCCAGCACGCUGUACCGCGUAGGGCUGGGCGGCUCCGACCUGGAGCGCAGGAACAGCAGGGAACACAUCAAGGAAGUGAUGAAGCUCUUAUGUCGUCUCAACGCUGUCGACCAUUUGACUGCUAUGGCCACAGAGUAUGGGAUUAAGGACAUCAAGCCCCUGAUGGAGGCCAAGUGAAGAAGAAGAAGAAGGAAGAAAAAGACUGGCGCACCUUGCUAGCUUUAUACCGGUUUUAAUCAUGGACUUUUGUUUUGAGAGGACUUGACUGUUGGACUACUUGAAACUCCCUGGAUUCCUCUUGUCUGGUCAAGUUGCUAGUCACAUGCAUUGUUUCAACACAUCUUGCACCUGACCUCAAACCGUAGUGUGGUGGAAAUGGACCCUCUUUUCCAGCAAUGUGUACAUGGUUAUUAUUGAGAUGUUUUUUAUCUUGUUUGACUUUAGAGUGACUGAUCAGUGCAGCCUCUGUCCUUGUCAUAAUAGCACUUGGUUCACCUCCAGAGUUGAAACUUGUGCCAAAACACUUCUCCAUCCGCUCAAGAUUUGUCAGUAGCGCAGAUGCUACCUAUAUUUUAAUUUUCCUGAUCGAUUUUCACAGACUAAAUAAAGACUACGGCUAUGCUAUAGUUUUGUCACUA